AUGUCUACAGUUGAAAAAGAAGCAACGGGAAGAGCUUCUCGUACAAGACAAACUGAAAAUACUGCUCCACUUCCAAGUGGAGCUGGUGAAGAAACAACUGGUGGAAAGUCUAAAAAAAAAGGCGGAAAAGGAGGAGCAAAAGCCUCUGCAGCAGCAUCAAGUACUUCAAAAAUCUCAAAGAGCAUUAAAGCAGGGUUAACAUUUCCAGUUGGUCGUAUGGCAAGAUUAUUGAAAAAAGGUAGAUAUGCAGAUAGAAUAGGAGCGGGAGCACCAGUAUAUUUAGCAGCAGUAAUAGAAUAUUUAACAGCAGAAGUAUUAGAAUUAGCGGGAAAUGCGGCAAGAGAUAAUAAGAAACAACGUAUCAUACCAAGACAUUUACAAUUAGCUAUACGUAAUGACGAAGAAUUAAAUAUUUUAUUAAGACAUGUUCAUAUAGCCGAAGGUGGUGUUUUACCAAAUAUCCAUGCCGAAUUGUUACCUAAAAAGAAAGGCAGCGAAAAGGUUAAACCUACAACUACUGUUACUAGUGCUACUGGCGCAAGUGGUGGAGCUCAAUCAAAGAAAUCUACCAAAGGUGCCAAGACCACCGCUGCUGCAUCUGGUGGUAAAGCGUAA